AUGAACAUGCCUCUGGUCAGCAGGCAGCGUGUUGUCAUUGUAAGUCAAAAUGCUGUGCAAAGGUACAUCUUACAAAAGAACAACCAUUUCAUUUUAUCAGUUGACAACAACAACGUCGAUCUUGUACUGGAAAAUAAACUCGAUCGAGAAAAGCAAAAGGAGAUUAAUUUACUCAUCACAGCUUUGGACGGUGGAUCUCCUCAGAGAUCAGGUACCGUAGUCAUACACGUCACUGUGCUGGAUGCUAAUGAUAACGCCCCAGUGUUCAGCCAGGCCGUUUAUAAAGCCAGUCUGCCUGAAAACUGUCCUUUAGAUACAACAGUGAUUAAAGUCAGUGCCACAGAUGCAGACGAAGGAGUGAAUGGAGAUGUAACGUAUGACUUCGGUCAUAUAUCUGACAGCGAUGAUAAAGUUUUCUCUAUUAAUCCUAAAACUGGAGAAAUUAAAGUGUGUGGUUUGAUUGACUAUGAAGAAAAAAGUUCUUUUGAAAUGAAAGUGCCUAAAGAUGGUUUAGGGUUAACAUCUUAUGCCAAAGUUAUAAUAGAUGUUAUUGAUAAUAAUGACAACUCGCCAGAUAUAUACCUGAAGUCACUGUCAAAUCCCAUUCACGAGAAUGUGCCACCUGGUACAGGUGGGAUCAUUAACGUGCAGGACAAAGACUCUGAGAAUAACCGACAGGUCCGCUGCUCCAUCCAGCAGGGUGUCCCCUUUAAGUUGGUUCCUUCUAUUAAAAACUAUUAUUCUCUGGUGACCACAGGACAACUGGACCGUGAACUAGUGUCUGAUUACAACAUUACAAUCACUGCCACUGACGAGGGCUCUCCACCUCUGUCCUCUUCUAAAAGUGUUCAGUUAUCUGUAGCUGACAUCAACGACAACCCACCUGUGUUUGAGGAACAGUCGUACAGCGCAUAUGUGAGUGAGAAUAACAAACCGGGCUCCACUUUAUGUUCCGUUAGUGCUCGAGACCCCGACUGGAGACAGAACGGUACAGUGGUUUAUUCUCUGUUAGCUGGUGAGGUGAACGGUGCCCCGGUGUCCUCCUAUCUGUCUGUGAACGGAGACACGGGUGUGAUCCACGCUGUGAGGUCGUUUGAUUAUGAACAGUUCAGGAGUUUUAAAGUCCACGUGAUGGCCAGAGACAACGGUUCUCCUCCUCUCAGCAGCAACGUGACCGUGAGUGUGUUCAUCUCAGAUGUGAAUGACAACUCUCCUCAGAUCCUGUACCCCUCCCCGGAGGGCAACUCCUUCAUGACCGAGCUGGUCCCCAAAGCUGCACACGGAGGCUCUCUGGUGUCCAAAGUGAUCGCGGUGGACGCGGACUCCGGACAGAACGCCUGGCUGUCCUAUCAAAUAGUCAAAUCCACUGAUCCGGGACUUUUUACUAUUGGUGUCCACAGCGGAGAGAUCAGGACACAGCGGGACAUUUCUGAAUCUGACAGCAUGAAACAGAACCUUGUAGUGGCAGUGAAAGAUAACGGACAGCCCUCUCUGUCUGCCACCUGUUCCAUGUAUUUACUUAUUUCUGAUAACUUGGCUGAGGUGCCAGAACUGAAGGAUCUGUCUUAUAAUGAGAGCAAUUCCAAACUGACCUCUUAUCUGAUCAUCGCGCUGGUGUCUGUGUCCACGUUUUUUCUGACUUUCAUCAUCAUCAUCCUGGGUUUGAGGUUUUGUCGCAGGAGAAAGCCCAGACUGUUGUUUGAUGGAGCAGUUGCCAUCCCCAGCGGUUAUCUCCCUCCUAAUUACGCAGAUGUUGAUGGCACAGGAACUUUACGCAGCACUUACAAUUAUGACGCGUACCUGACCACAGGUUCAAGAACCAGUGACUUUAAGUUUGUGACAUCAUACAAUGACAACACGCUGCCUGCUGACCAGACUCUGAAGAAAAGUCCAUCAGACUUUGCUGAUAUUUCACUGGAAUCUAUUGAGUUCCCUGAGAACCAGUUACGUUUGCAGACAUGUUUCUCCGUGUUUCAUCGUGAUAUUACACUUUGGAUUGUUGAAUCGGUUACGAAUCACGUUGUUGUUUUUGCUCUGGAAAGUGCAUCAGAAGCACUGCGGUCACGUUUUUGUAUCAGGAUGAGAGACAAAGGAUUUUCAGGCCCGAUCUAUUGCCUUGCUACGUUUAUUGUAACGAUGCGCCUCGUAAGCGGGGAUCUGAGUUAUUCUUUUGCCGAAGAGAUGAAACGCGACUUCGUUAUUGGAAAUAUAGCUAAGGAUCUCGGUAUUGACCGUGGAAGUUUUUCUUCACGACAGGCCCGUGUUGAUUUUGAAGGAUUUCGUAAAAUGUAUUGCGACAUUAACAUUAGUACUGGGGAUUUUACUAUGAUGGACAGAAUUGACAGAGAGAACCUUUGUGGCAAGAAACCUUCCUGUGUGUUAAAAGCAGAUCUAGUUUUGGAAAAUCCGUUGGAGCUUCAUCGUGUAAGUCUUCAUAUUCAAGACAUAAAUGACAACUCUCCACAAUUCAAAGAUCAUUUAAUUGAAAUGGAAAUAAGCGAGUUAGCAGAAAGGGGAAGUCGAUUUCCAAUAGAGCAGGCCCAUGACGCAGAUAUAAGUCAAAAUGCUGUGCAAAGGUACAUCUUACAAAAGAACAACCAUUUCAUUUGGCUGUUGAAAACAGUUGAACUUGUACUGAAGAAUAAACUUCGAUCGAGAAAAGCAAAAGGAGAUUAAUUUACUCAUCACAGCUUUGGAGGUGGAUCUCCUCAGAGAUCAGGUACCUUAGCUAUACACGUCACUGUGUUGGAUGCUAAUGAUAACGCCCCAGUGUUCAGCCAGCCGUUUAUAAAGCCAGUCCUGCCUGAAAACUUCCUUUAGAACACUUAGUGAUUAAAGCAGUAAGCCACAUGAUGCAGAUGAGGGAGUAAUGGAGAUGUGACUAUGACUUGGCAUGUAUCUGACAAGCGAAUAAAUGUUUUUCUCAUUAAUCCUAAAACUGGAGAAAUUAAAGUACUGGUGUGAUUGACUAUGAAGAAAAAAGUUUUUUUGAAAUGAGGUAAUGAAGCCUAAAGAUGGUUUAGGACUAACAUCUUAUGCAGAGUUAUAAUGAUUUAUACUGAUGUAAUGAUAAAUACGCAUCCUUAGUUACAUCUGAAACCUGACAAAUCCAUACCUGAGAAGUGCCCACCUGGUACAGAGGUGGGCAUCAUUAACGUGCAGGACAGAGACUCUGAGAAUAACCGACAGGUCCGCUGCUCCAUCCAGCAGGGUGUCCCCUUUAAGUUGGUUCCUUCUAUUAAAAACUAUUAUUCUCUGGUGACCACAGGACAACUGGACCGUGAACUAGUGUCUGAUUACAACAUUACAAUCACUGCCACUGACGAGGGCUCUCCUCUGUCCUCUUCUAAAAGUGUUCAGUUAUCUGUAGCUGACAUCAACGACAACCCACCUGUGUUUGAGGAACAGUCGUACAGCGCAUAUGUGAGUGAGAAUAACAAACUGGGCUCCACUUUAUGUUCCGUUAGUGCUCGAGACCCCGACUGGAGACAGAACGGUACAGUGGUUUAUUCUCUGUUAGCUGGUGAGGUGAACGGUGCCCCGGUGUCCUCCUAUCUGUCUGUGAACGGAGACACGGGUGUGAUCCACGCUGUGAGGUCGUUUGAUUAUGAACAGUUCAGGAGUUUUAAAGUCCACGUGAUGGCCAGAGACAACGGUUCUCCUCCUCUCAGCAGCAACGUGACCGUGAGUGUGUUCAUCUCAGAUGUGAAUGACAACUCUCCUCAGAUCCUGUACCCCUCCCCAGAGGGCAACUCCUUCAUGACCGAGCUGGUCCCCAAAGCUGCACACGGAGGCUCUCUGGUGUCCAAAGUGAUCGCGGUGGACGCGGACUCCGGACAGAACGCCUGGCUGUCCUAUCAAAUAGUCAAAUCCACUGAUCCGGGACUUUUUACCAUUGGUGUCCACAGCGGAGAGAUCAGGACACAGCGGGACAUUUCUGAAUCUGACAGCAUGAAACAGAACCUUGUAGUGGCAGUGAAAGAUAACGGACAGCCCUCUCUGUCUGCCACCUGUUCCAUGUAUUUACUUAUUUCUGAUAACUUGGCUGAGGUGCCAGAACUGAAGGAUCUGUCUUAUAAUGAGAGCAAUUCCAAACUGACCUCUUAUCUGAUCAUCGCGCUGGUGUCUGUGUCCACGUUUUUUCUGACUUUCAUCAUCAUCAUCCUGGGUUUGAGGUUUUGUCGCAGGAGAAAGCCCAGACUGUUGUUUGAUGGAGCAGUUGCCAUCCCCAGCGGUUAUCUCCCUCCUAAUUACGCAGAUGUUGAUGGCACAGGAACUUUACGCAGCACUUACAAUUAUGAUGCGUACCUGACCACAGGUUCAAGAACCAGUGACUUUAAGUUUGUGACAUCAUACAAUGACAACACGCUGCCUGCUGACCAGACUCUGAAGAAAAGUCCAUCAGACUUUGCUGAUCUUUGGAAGAUCUCGACUCAUGAGUUUUCGAGUGUUUUUCUUUGUAUUUUUUGUCCAAAGAUGGCACACAGUAGAAAUUCGGUGGCGGGCCUGCUAUACAGCUUUGCUUUCUUUCUUCAAUCCUUUCUCUUCGGCUAUGGAGAUGUGAGCUAUUCUUUUCCCGAGGAAAUGAUGACCGGAUCUGUCAUAGGAAAUGUAGCAAGGGACCUCGGACUGAACGUGGGGGAAUUAUCUGUUCGAAAGGCCCGCAUUGACAGCGAUCUGAACCGUAAACGGUAUUGUGACAUAAAUCCAAGCACUGGCGAUUUAAUUGUAGCUGAGAGGAUUGAUAGAGAGGCUCUUUGUGGCGAAAAGGCAUCUUGCAUCCUCAAAUCUGAAUUGGUCUUAGAGGCGCCACUUGUGUUACAUCGAAUUUCAUUACAAAUACAAGAUAUCAAUGACAAUCAACCUGUUUUUGCGAAAGACGAAAUAAAAAUAGAAAUCAAUGAAUUGGCUGUAAAGGGAUCCCGUUUCCGUAUUUUGGAAGCACACGAUCUCGAUAUUGGACAAAACGCUGUUCAAAGAUAUGUGUUGCAGACUAACAGUUAUCUAGUGCUGAAAAUGCAGACUAAAUUAGAUGGAGGCAGAUUUGCUGAACUAGUGUUGCAAAAGGAAUUGGAUCGCGAGGAACAGCGGGAAUUCCGAUUACUACUUACUGCAUUGGAUGGGGGCAGUCCUAAAAGAAGUGGCACGACUACCGUGCAUGUAAUUGUCUUAGACGCUAACGAUAACGCCCCGGUUUUUAGUCAACCUGUGUAUAAAGCCAGUCUUCCUGAAAAUUCUCCUUUAUAUACUGUAGUGGUUAAAGUGGCUGCAACUGAUGCAGAUGAAGGUCUAAAUGGUAAGGUGACUUAUGAGCUGAGUCGUAUAUCAGAGACUGGCAGAAGAGCAUUUGAUUUAAAUCACAUCACAGGAGAAAUAAAGGUAAUCGGACCUUUGGAUUUUGAAGAAGAGUCCGUUUAUGAAAUGCGUGUAGAUGCUAAAGACGGAUAUGGUCUUACCUCAGACUCAAAAGUAAUAAUUGAGCUGUCAGAUGUAAAUGACAACCCACGAUUAUUAAAAGUCAUUGUCUAACCCAUACCCGAGAACGCGUCACCUGGUACAGAGGUGGGCAUCAUUAACGUGCAGGACAAAGACUCUGAGAAUAACGGACAGGUCCGCUGCUCCAUCCAGCAGGGUGUCCCCUUUAAGUUGGUUCCGUCUAUUAAAAACUAUUAUUCUCUGGUGACCACAGGACAACUGGACCGCGAACUAGUGUCUGAUUACAACAUUACAAUCACUGCCACUGACGAGGGCUCUCCACCUCUGUCCUCUUCUAAAAGUGUUCAGUUAUCUGUAGCUGACAUCAACGACAACCCACCUGUGUUUGAGGAACAGUCGUACAGCGCAUAUGUGAGUGAGAAUAACAAACCUGGCUCCACUUUAUGUUCCGUUAGUGCUCGAGACCCCGACUGGAGACAGAACGGUACAGUGGUUUAUUCUCUGUUAGCUGGUGAGGUGAACGGUGCCCCGGUGUCCUCCUAUCUGUCUGUGAACGGAGACACGGGUGUGAUCCACGCUGUGAGGUCGUUUGAUUAUGAACAGUUCAGGAGUUUUAAAGUCCACGUGAUGGCCAGAGACAACGGUUCUCCUCCUCUCAGCAGCAACGUGACCGUGAGUGUGUUCAUCUCAGAUGUGAAUGACAACUCUCCUCAGAUCCUGUACCCCUCCCCAGAGGGCAACUCCUUCAUGACCGAGCUGGUCCCCAAAGCUGCACACGGAGGCUCUCUGGUGUCCAAAGUGAUCGCGGUGGACGCGGACUCCGGACAGAACGCCUGGCUGUCCUAUCAAAUAGUCAAAUCCACUGAUCCGGGACUUUUUACUAUUGGUGUCCACAGCGGAGAGAUCAGGACACAGCGGGACAUUUCUGAAUCUGACAGCAUGAAACAGAACCUUGUAGUGGCAGUGAAAGAUAACGGACAGCCCUCUCUGUCUGCCACCUGUUCCAUGUAUUUACUUAUUUCUGAUAACUUGGCUGAGGUGCCAGAACUGAAGGAUCUGUCUUAUAAUGAGAGCAAUUCCAAACUGACCUCUUAUCUGAUCAUCGCGCUGGUGUCUGUGUCCACGUUUUUUCUGACUUUCAUCAUCAUCAUCCUGGGUUUGAGGUUUUGUCGCAGGAGAAAGCCCAGACUGUUGUUUGAUGGAGCAGUUGCCAUCCCCAGCGGUUAUCUCCCUCCUAAUUACGCAGAUGUUGAUGGCACAGGAACUUUACGCAGCACUUACAAUUAUGAUGCGUACCUGACCACAGGUUCAAGAACCAGUGACUUUAAGUUUGUGACAUCAUACAAUGACAACACGCUGCCUGCUGACCAGACUCUGAAGAAAAGUCCAUCAGACUUUGCUGAUGUCUUGAUAAUCGAGACCUAUUCCCAGCGGAAGGGGCAUUUUUGUAUUCGUGUCAUUUUGGGUGAAAAAAUGGCCCUAAAAAGACAAGCCUCGCUCUGUUUUGUGUUCGGUUUUGCUCUGUUUUUCGAGAUAACCGCUGCGGACCUCAGCUAUUCUGCACCGGAGGAGAUGAGACCGGGAUCCAUUGUUGGGAAUAUUGCCAAGGAUCUCGGCCUGGAAGUAGCAAAAUUGUUCACUCGUAAAGCCCGGAUUGAUACAGAGGAAAACUACCAGCAUUACUGCGACAUUGACCUCAAGACUGGAAAUUUUGUCAUCAGGGAGAAGAUUGACAGGGAGGAGCUGUGCGGGGAGAGGCUUUCGUGCAUGCUUAAAUUUGAAUUAGUCGUUGAGAGCCCUUUGGAGCUGCACCGUAUUUCACUGCUUAUUCUGGAUGUAAACGACAAUUCACCAGUUUUCCCCAAAGAUACAGUUAAGUUGGAAAUAAGAGAAUCAGCAGUUAAAGGAGCUCGAUACCGCGUCAAUGAAGCACAUGAUGUAGAUAUUGGGCAGAACGCAGUCAAAGAAUACAGUUUACAAAAGAAUGACCAUUUUGUUUUAUUUGUUCGAGAAGAUGCUGAUGGGACUAAGAGCAUCGAGCUGGUGCUAGAUAAAGAGCUAGACCGCGUAAAGGAGCACGAUUUAAAUUUCAUCCUGACUGCAGUCGAUGGUGGAAAUCCACAGAGGUCAGGAAGUGCCGUUAUACACGUUACUGUGUUGGAUGCUAACGAUAACGCGCCAGUGUUUGACCAGGCCGUUUACAAAGCCAAUCUACCUGAAAAUUCAAAUCUUAACACUUUAGUUGUAAUUGUAAGCGCAACUGAUGCAGAUGAAGGAGUGAACGGAGAGGUGUCGUACGAAUUUAAUCGCAUCACAGAAAAAGCUAAAAGGGUUUUUUCACUGGACAGUAAAACAGGAGAGAUAAAGGUCACAGGAAUGCUUGAUUUUGAGACAAAUUCAAAAUAUGAGAUGCGUAUAGAGGCCAAAGAUGGUUAUGGGCUUUCAUCCGACGCUAAAGUAAUGAUCGAUAUCACCGAUGUUAAUGACAAUGCACCAGUAAUAUAUAUAAAGUCACUAAUGAACCCCCCUGCAGAGAACGUGCCGCCUGGUACAGAGGUGGGCAUCAUUAACGUGCAGGACAAAGACUCUGAGAAUAACGGACAGGUCCGCUGCUCCAUCCAGCAGGGUGUCCCCUUUAAGUUGGUUCCGUCUAUUAAAAACUAUUAUUCUCUGGUGACCACAGGACAACUGGACCGUGAACUAGUGUCUGAUUACAACAUUACAAUCACUGCCACUGACGAGGGCUCUCCACCUCUGUCCUCUUCUAAAAGUGUUCAGUUAUCUGUAGCUGACAUCAACGACAACCCACCUGUGUUUGAUAAGCAGUCGUACAGCGCAUAUGUGAGUGAGAAUAACAAACCGGGCUCCACUUUAUGUUCCGUUAGUGCUCGAGACCCCGACUGGAGACAGAACGGUACAGUGGUUUAUUCUCUGUUAGCUGGUGAGGUGAACGGUGCCCCGGUGUCCUCCUAUCUGUCUGUGAACGGAGACACGGGUGUGAUCCACGCUGUGAGGUCGUUUGAUUAUGAACAGUUCAGGAGUUUCAAAGUCCACGUGAUGGCCAGAGACAACGGUUCUCCUCCUCUCAGCAGCAACGUGACCGUGAGUGUGUUCAUCUCAGAUGUGAAUGACAACUCUCCUCAGAUCCUGUACCCCUCCCCAGAGGGCAACUCCUUCAUGACCGAGCUGGUCCCCAAAGCUGCACACGGAGGCUCUCUGGUGUCCAAAGUGAUCGCGGUGGACGCGGACUCCGGACAGAACGCCUGGCUGUCCUAUCAAAUAGUCAAAUCCACUGAUCCGGGACUUUUUACUAUUGGUGUCCACAGCGGAGAGAUCAGGACACAGCGGGACAUUUCUGAAUCUGACAGCAUGAAACAGAACCUUGUAGUGGCAGUGAAAGAUAACGGACAGCCCUCUCUGUCUGCCACCUGUUCCAUGUAUUUACUUAUUUCUGAUAACUUGGCUGAGGUGCCAGAACUGAAGGAUCUGUCUUAUAAUGAGAGCAAUUCCAAACUGACCUCUUAUCUGAUCAUCGCGCUGGUGUCUGUGUCCACGUUUUUCCUGACUUUCAUCAUCAUCAUCCUGGGUUUGAGGUUUUGUCGCAGGAGAAAGCCCAGACUGUUGUUUGAUGGAGCAGUUGCCAUCCCCAGCGGUUAUCUCCCUCCUAAUUACGCAGAUGUUGAUGGCACAGGAACUUUACGCAGCACUUACAAUUAUGACGCGUACCUGACCACAGGUUCAAGAACCAGUGACUUUAAGUUUGUGACAUCAUACAAUGACAACACGCUGCCUGCUGACCAGACUCUGAAGAAAAGUCCAUCAGAUUUUCUCGAGGCUUUUGGGGAGUCGGACGACCCUCCCCAGGUAAGAAAAGACUGAAAUAAGCUUCUUUUUGAGAAACGUGUGAUGUCAAUCUCUACAUCAUAUUAUCCAAUUUCGAGCAACCGUCUAUUUCAGUUACAUUUUUUUAAAUGCUAUUAUAUCAAAUGUUCUUAAGUAACAUUCAUCAAAGGCAAAUGUUUAGUUAACACCCCAUUCACAAUUAACUUGCCAGAACAUAUUGUCAGAAAAUACUCAACGAUUAUUAUUAUAUUUUUAAUCUUCUUAUCUAUCAGAUCAGUUUUCUUUUAGGUGUUGUUGCUUCACUGGCAUCAAUUUACUUUUUUAUCUAAUAACUUAGUAUGUUAUAUGUCAAUUAGAAAUAGUUUAAUUAUAUUGUUUUGUCUUCCUAAUAUUUUUCUUAUUGAAAGAUGAAAAAGUUUAACUGUCUACUUACUUUUUAGAACCCCAUCCCUUCUUUAAGAUGUUACUUGUUUUUUACUUUCAGCAAUGGAUCAUCUUCAGAUUAAUUAUUAUUGCACUCUCAGUAGAUAAUUAUCUGAGUAAUAACUCUCUUUGAACACAUACCGUAAGGCCAUAAACAGACAUAAGAAAAGCCAAAAGGAUUCUCCCAGAAAGCUUUAGCUCAUCUGUUUAUGGAGAAAUAUUUAAAACAAUAGUCAUUGUGCUUUCAGAGGAGGAUCAUUGCUUAAUACAAGUAUAUUGUGUUUCUUUUUUGGCAAGUCUGCUAAAAUUGCCCUAUACUACAUGCAUCCCUUGAAUAGUUUGAUUCCAAGUUAGUACAGUUUUCCAAGUUUAUUAAAGUUAUGUUUUAACUGCGACCAACAGUAAUGUGCAUGCUCUUUGGACUAGAGGUGCUGCCAUAUGACUAAUGAUUUGUUACUUUUACUUUUCUUCAUUUAAAAUGUUGUAACAUACUGGCAAAGACUGUAUUUUUCUUUUAUACAAACUGAGCGUAAGGACUUGUUUGAGUAGACUCUGUCCAUGGUGCUGAACACAUAGAAGGCAACCAUACGGAAAGUAGUUUGGAGACAAAUUUUACAUGCUGCUAUUUUCAUUAAAAUUUACUUGCAGAGAAAAUGUUAAGUUUAAUCGCAGUUUAAGCUAAAUAACACAAUAUUGCAAUUUUGUAGAUAAAUGCUAAAUACUGCGUUCACUGGCGUUAAAACAACGUUAUAAGUGUGCACUGCAACACGGUUUUACUUACUUCCAUCACAGCACUUAACAGAUUCUUUGAUCCUAGCAGAAACUGUGGCUGUAGUUACUUGCUUUAAUGAAAUUAAUACAAUUUAACAUAUUAAGGUGCUUAAUUGUGUUUAUAUGGGAAAUAGUUGCAUGACGUCAUUAACCUGUCAAUCUGGUAUUUUACCAGAUGUUCUGUCUGAAAUGAACACAUCGUGUCGCUGUCUACCAGAUUACUUUGAAACAUUGUAACGUCAACGCCAUCGUCUCCACCCAUUGUUCCUGCGCUUUGUGUUGGAAGGAACCAUUGGAUUGCAGUGCUGAUUUCUGUAUUUGGAUUUGUUUAAUUCACUCCAUCGCAAACGCGUUCGAGAGAUGAACUAACUCCGUUGUAUCUUUUCUUUGCUGGCGGAUGUUUCUGUUUUUGUAAUUAUGGAAUACGGUGGAUUUUUAGAGCCUGGCCUGAUUACCCUCUUUGUCGUCUGUAUACUUGCGCUGCAAUCAGUGUGUACUGAAGUAAGCUAUUCUAUCCAAGAGGAGCUGAAACCA